AUGGCGGGCCCGGCCUCGGGGAGGCGGGACGUUACAAAGGACAUCACUGCCUUGAAGGCUGCUGUUUCAGACCUUCAGCUUCUCUCCAAUUCACAAAACGAGGGUGUGAACAUUUCACAAGAUGCAGCGAAUCAUUCAACGGCGAUAGUGGACAUCCUGAAAGAAGCCCUAAUGAACACCACAAAGGAAUUCAACGAAGUCUUGACCACAAGGACAAAGAGCUUGAGGGUCCAUCAAGACAGAAGAAAUAUUUUCUCUUUGUCAGCUUCAGGGGAUGGAUCAAAUCCUUCCGUCAACCAGGAUCAACCAUCUGAGUCCACACCUUGUGCACCAUGGGCUGUUAACUCUGCUUCUAACUCUUUGUUUCAUAGGCAGAGAAAUAGAGGUGAUAUAUCUUGUUCAUCUGGGAAGCAGCAGCAGUUAGCAGUCCAGCAGGACAGUUACAUACAGAGCAGAGCAGAGGCUAUUCAAAACUUGGAAUCAACCACCAACGAGCUGACCCAAAUUUUCAGACAACUAGCAACUAUGGUUUCUCAGCAAGGAGAGGUAGCAGUCAGGAUCCAUGAGAACAUGGAUGACACUCUGGUUAAUGUAGAGGGUGCCCAAGAGCAACUCCUCAAGCAUCUCAACAAUAUAUCAUCUAACAGGUGGCUGAUGAGCAAGAUCUUCAUUGUGCUCAUUAUUUUCCUCUUGAUAUUUGUACUCUUCAUCACGUGAUACCUGUGCAAAUCCCGAUACAUCGCACAGCUGAUGAAGUGCAUAUUUUAUUAUAGGUAUGUUUAGUUAAAGGAUGCAUUAUGUAUAGCAUUUUCACCGGUUGAUACUUUCCACAUUGAAACACAGCAUUUUUUUUUCUAUGAAAAGUGCUACCGUGGUCCUAUUUCAAAGUUGCAAUAACUUCAAAUUAGUUUAAUUA